AUCCACAACACAAUGAAAGGUGGCGGUGUUUACUUAGUAGGUCGCUCCGCCUCCUGCCGGCUGAUCGUUAUGCUAACACGUCGAUAGCCACGAGACUUCACCGAUAUCUGACAUGCAAAACAGGCAGUGAGGAAGUGAGUGUAGCCAGUUGGUAUUAUGUGUGUGAGCCGGUAGCAUACAGAUUUCGCUCACUCUGCGGAUAACUUAAAUUUAUGAUUUAUUACACAGGGAAAAACACACUCGGAGUGUUGGGACUGCAUCGGGGAUAUUAAGGCCCGAUAAUUUUACACGGAGUUACUGAAGAUUUUGUUAAUGAGAUGAAAUUUGAAGAACAUAUCGGGACUAAUAUUGAUAUGACAGGAGGAAGAGAAGGAGGCCUUCUACCAGUGAGCAUGUCGACACCACAGCAAAUUGUGAGACAUGUCCACAAACACAACCUUAGACAGCGGUUUGAGCUGGUCAAAACCCUUGGACAGGGGACGUAUGGGAAAGUGAAACUUGCCAUUGAUAGAGCGACGGGACAACAGGUGGCAAUCAAAUAUAUACGCAAGACCAAGAUUGACAGUGAGCUUGAUUUGCGGAGGAUCCGCCGUGAAAUUGACAUCAUGUCUUCCCUACACCAUCCCCAUAUCAUCAGCAUAUAUGAAGUAUUUGAGAACAAGGAGAAGAUAAUUCUGGUCAUGGAGUAUGCAAAUGGCGGAGAGCUCUACGACUACAUCAACGAGCGCAAACAGCUGACUGAAGAUGAGGCCAGAAAGUUUUUCCGACAGAUUGUCUCGGCCAUCAGUAACUGUCACAAGAGGGGUAUUGUCCAUAGGGAUCUCAAGUUAGAAAAUAUUCUCCUGGACAGCAACUUCAAUGUUAAGAUUGCUGAUUUUGGACUCUCCAACCACUAUAAUAAUACAGAUUUACUGCGAACCUUCUGUGGAAGCCCUCUUUAUGCAUCUCCAGAGAUUGUGAAUGGUCUUCCAUACAGCGGACCAGAGGUGGAUUGUUGGAGCUUAGGAGUGUUGCUCUAUACUCUGGUAUAUGGUGCUAUGCCCUUUGAUGGCAGUGACUUCAAGCGUCUGCGUAAACAGAUCUCGGAGGGGGACUACUACGAACCUUCACAGCCCUCAGAUGCGUCGGGUCUGAUUGCACGUCUGCUCACAGUGGAUCCUGUCAAACGUGCCAAGAUGGCGGACAUCUGCGAGCAUUGGUGGGUCAACCUGAAUCUUCCCUUCACUCCAGUAGACCACGAAUUCCUGGAAGAGGAGGUCAAAGUUCCAAGAAAAUACCGUGGUAGAACUCUCAGUUUGUCAUCAUCGGAUAGUGAUGGCGACUAUAAAUGCCCCCACUCUUCCCAUCACAGGAAGGUUGUAGCUAGAAGAAGGCACGGACACAGUAAAGCUGCCAAUAACAGAUGGAGUUCAGAAUUCGAGGAUGAGGCUGUUUUUAUGGCUGAUGACUUGGACACAGUGUCCACCCUCGUGCCUUCACAAAUACCAUCUGUAAGUGCCAAUGACGAGGAAAUAGAGGAGGCUAGUUUAAACCAAUCAGACUGCUUGAAAACUCUCAAGGCUUCCAAUUCUGCAUCAAACAGCGACUCAAAUGAAGGUGAGAUCUCCUCGUGUACGGAGACCACACCUAGCAGAACGGAUGUGUUUGACUCUAGAAAGAAACCCAAGAGGGGGAUUUUGAAAAACAAGGGUAAAUACACUGGUCAUGACAGUGGCUGUGUCCUGGAUGACCACCGGGCAGCCGUCGAGGAGCAUAGGUCAGCUGACAGGAAGGAGUCGGCAGAGAGCGCCUAUGGCAGCACAACCAGUUACGAACUGGCAGACAUUGAAAGUGUUCUCAAUGCCUUAGAUGACACUGACAGUCAUGAAAGGCCUCACUGUCGUGACGAGGAGGAUGUUACUCCCCGCACGGCAACUAUCACCAGGCAUCCUUCUGCUGGGAAGUACGACUACCAGCAAGCAGACUUUGACUCAAGCUCAGAACACAUGGGCGUCGUGCGUAGGCGGCCCAAGAGCAUUCUGAAAAAGCACAGUAAAUAUGGUUCUGAAAGUGACCAGCUCAAACGCUACAGUAUAGGCAGCCAGAGUUCCAACUCCUCCGCUGAUUUGUUAGACUUUUCAUAUGACAGCGGAGAAGGUGAGAACUACAUGACACAAUACUACACCCAUGUCAAUGAACUUACCUGUGGUCAGUAUAUCACAGGAGAGGAGGAAUCUACACCUAAAAAUGGCGGAUUCCUCAUGCCAGAUGAAGAGACACUGAGAAAAAUUGCACUGAUGGACGCCAUUAGUAGAGACACUAUCAGACACGAGUGCGAGGCAGAGGAACCGUUUGGUCUGGCGGAGGUACAGAACCUCUACCAGCAGGCGUAUGCAACAUGCAAUGCCCUACAAGAUACACUCUCCUCAGACAUGGCUGGCAGAAAAGUAGCAUGUAAGGAGAGUCUUGAUUUUUUACGUAGACUUGACUUGUCUCCACAGUCUGAGACACCAGACAUAGUGCUGAAAUGGACUGACCUUCAUUUUAGCCAUGCUGAUAUAGACAACCUUCCUGAGUCCAUUGACAGGUGUGCCAAUGUUAGUGUAAUAUAUGCACAAAAUAACAGGCUAUCUUCUUUACCACAGUCCAUAUCCAGCCUGACUUUCCUCACCAUGUUGGACCUUUACGCCAAUGCUUUCACUACAUUCCCCAAAGUACUGUGUGGCAUGACUAAGCUAGAAAUCCUGAACUUGCAUGACAAUCAGUUGUCUGACUUACCAGUGGAGAUCAGCGGUAUGACUGGGCUCAAAAUAUUCGAUCUCAGUGGGAAUCCCUUCACCACAUUCCCAGCAGCGUUGCUGAACAUGGCUAACCUAGAGCAUCUGGAAUUAACGGACAGUAAGCUAUCUGACAUACCAGUUGAUAUCACUAGAAUGACUGGCCUCAGACUGUUCUGGCUUCAUUGUAAUCGUUUCACUGCAUUCCCCACAGCAGUGUGUGGCAUGGCCAACCUAGAGCAGCUGUACCUUAAUACCAACCAGAUACCUGACAUACCAGCGGAGAUCAGUGGUAUGACAGGGCUUAAAAGAUUUAGUAUCAUUGCCAAUCGCAUCGCUACAAUCCCUGUAGCAUUGUGUAGCUUGGCCAACCUGGCAGAGCUGUAUCUGGAUCGCAACCAGCUAUCUGCCAUACCAGUAGAGAUCAGUGGUAUGACGGGGCUUAGAAUAUUGGAUCUCAGUUGGAAUUGUUUCACAACAUUUCCCAAAGCACUUUGUAGCAUGACUUACCUAAAGGAGCUGGACUUGGGUAACAACCAGAUAUCUGAUAUACCAGCAGAUAUCAUUUCAAUGACUGGGCUGGAAUCGCUGGAUCUGGAGUCCAAUAACAUUACUCAACUGCCACCUCAGAUAGGGAAUAUGAAAAGCUUGGUGGAAUUAAAUGUGAGGGGGAACCCCCUGGUACAACCACCAGAGCAUAUUGCUGUCAGAGGUCUUGAUGCAAUCAAAAGGUAUUUUGAAGCAUUAACUACUACCGAGGCAAUCCUGUCAAACAGAAUACAGGUCAACUUGCUUGGAGAAACAGAAGUAGGAAAAACCAGUCUCUCUCGCACAUUGCAGAGAGGAAAGUCAACACUCACAACAUCAGCAGACAGGACAAGAGUGGUAGAACAAGGGACAUGGGAGACUGACCAAAACAUUGCCUUCAAUAUCAAUGACUUUGGCGGACAUGAUGUCUACAAAAUUGGCCAUCCCAUUUUCAUUUCCAAACGCGGCUUGGUCCUAAUCACAUUUGACCUAGCAGAGUAUGAUCCAGAAAAUAAAGCACAUUAUCAGCUCUACAUUGGAAACUGGAUUGACAGAGUACAAGAAAAAUUGCCAGGUAUAAAGAUGGCAGUAGUGGGAACUCAUAUUGAUCAAGAUGAAGCCUACAGUGCAAAGUGUUCUAAAAUUAAGAAACAGUUUGAAGACCACAGGCAGAGAAAACAGAAAUGGUAUGAGUCUCAAAUAAAGAGCAUUGAGAAGAAAAUUCUGAACACAGAUGAAACCCAAACAUCUAUCCUUCAAGCCUAUCAAGAUAAGAAGUGGAAACUGAUGUCGUCACAAGGCCAAGUAAUAGACAUCCAUGAAGACAUUUUUGGGGUGAGUUCCAAGACCAUGGAGGGAAUUGAAGGUUUACAAAGUUUUCUUACUACUGUUGCAAAAGAGCGUGCUGUAAUUUUACCAGAAAUGUGGGUUGAUGCUGCCACCAUGGUUUGCACCAAGAAAUAUGAAGGCUCUGAAAAUACACUUGGCUGGGACAAGUUACAAGACCUUAUUCUGCAGUCUGCUCCAACACCCUGGAAAAAGAGAAAUUAUUCCAAUGAAGGUCUUGAUUUGGCAACAUGCGACAUUUUAAGUUUUCUUGCUGACCGUGGUGACAUCAUUUGGUUUGAUUCAAGCCCUACUCUGAAGAAAGUUGUGUUUCACAGGCAAGAGGUUCUUGCAAAUGUUCUCAAAGCAGUGCUGAAUCACGAUAGUGAUGCUGUCCGGGCCAAACUACAACAGUCCAUGAGUAUUUCAGAACCUAAAGCAAAGAAAAUCCAUGAUGAUAUCUUCAGCAGAGGCAUCAUUUCCAGAGAAGCAAUGGACUGCUUAUGUGAGCCUUUCAGAUUAUCAACCACUGAAGCUGAUGUCAUGGUAGAACUGAUGCAGAAAAUGGAGUUGUGCUAUCAAGUUCAGGAGGAUCCAUUGGUUCCAUCCAGCAUCUCAUUCCACUUUCCAUGGCUUCUUACGCUGGAGAGACAGCCUGAGUUGGAUGAAAAAUGGCCCAGAAAAGUUCCCACAGGCACCACACAACUGACUUUGCAGAACUAUUUUCCAUACAGAUGUCCAGAAGGCAUAUACGAAAAAUUGUCUGUUCGUCAGCACAAGUACCUUGGACUUUUGAAGACCAAACGUAUUGAUUGGAAGGAUGGGGUGUAUGCAGAACUUCAAGAAUGUCAAACUCAUUUCUCCCGACAGGAAAGACAUCACCAUCCUGCUAGCAGCACCUUGGACUGGAUCAUCACUAUAGCUAUACGUGGAGCAGACCUCUCAAAGAUGUGGUCCGUUUUUGCUUGUGCUUAUGCUGACCUCAUGGACAUCAUCAAAGAAGAGUGCCCUGGGGUGUACUUUGACAAAUACUUGGUGUGCCCCCACUGUACAAGUGAAAACUGUGAGGAUCCCACACUCUUCCCUGGAGAGAUACUGGACCAGACCUAUCUGUCUGGGGGCGUCUCCAAACCAAAACAGGUGCCAUGUGUCAAUACUGGUGUCUACAUUCCUACAGACCUGGUCUACCCACCACACCUGACCAUGAGCUGGCAGGAAGUUAUCAAGAAGAACAAAAAUAACCUGAAGCAAAACAUCACUGAACCUUGUCUCUUUGAGUUGAUUGAUGUCUUUAUCCAAGAAAGCAUCCUGUCAGACCGUGAAUCUGAGUGGAUUAAGACAUCUCCUGAUAAAACUGCUGUCUUCUUGGACUUUCUGACCAUGAAAUCUGACAAGGCAUUUGAUAUUCUCUGUCAGUUUUUUGUUGAGCAUGAGCGGUAUGAUCUUCUCAAGCUGAUCAAGUACUAAUCACAUCAAAGGACCGUACU